GGCGGAGCUCUACAGCGCCGUCGUCGACGAUGACACGGUAAUCUACGGGGCGCGACCCGGUCUUUUGCUUGUCCGACUAGCACCCCGAUCAAACGCCAUAUUUUUGUGUCGAUCAUCCUCGUCGUGUGGAUUCUGUGCGCAAAAUCUCUUAGGUAUCGAAGUGUGAUAACUUUUCAUUAAAAUGAGCUUAUUCAGAACGACCGCAGUAAAAUUGUUGGAAAUUAACCAGGUUGCUGCUCCAUUAUGGACAGCAUCACGUAACAUGGCUAGUUCAUCAACUGAUCUCAAAACAAUAGUUGCUGAAAAAUUGAAACAGAGUGGUGAGGAAAUUAAAGCUUUCAGAAAGCAACAUGGAUCUACUGUUGUUGGUGAUGUAACGUUAGACAUGAUGUAUGGUGGUAUGAGAGGUAUUAAAGCUUUAGUCACAGAAACUUCAGUAUUAGAUGCUGAUGAAGGUAUUCGCUUCCGUGGAUAUUCUAUUCCUGAAUGUCAGAAGUUGUUACCAAAAGCACCUGGUGGAAGUGAACCUCUACCAGAAGGUCUAUUCUGGUUAUUAAUUACUGGUGAUAUCCCUACCCAAGAACAAGUUAAAUGGUUGUCUAAAACAUGGGCUGAACGAGCUGAAUUACCAUCACAUGUUGUUACUAUGCUUAACAAUCUUCCAAAUUCUGUACAUCCAAUGACUCAGUUAGCAGCUGCUGUUUCUUUGCUCAACACUGAAAGCAAGUUUGUUCAAGCAUAUACCAAAGGAGUUCACAAAUCACAAUUUUGGGAGUAUACCUAUGAGGAUACCAUGGAUUUAAUCGCUAAAUUACCAGUGAUAGCAGCUACAAUUUAUAGAAAUGUAUACCAUGGCGGAAAACAAGUUGGCACUGUAGACACUGAACGAGAUUGGAGUGCUAACUUUACAUCAAUGUUGGGUGCUAAUAACUCUGAAGAAUUUAUUGAACUUAUGCGCCUAUAUUUGACAAUUCACUCUGAUCAUGAAGGUGGUAAUGUGUCUGCUCAUACAACUCAUCUAGUAGGGUCAGCAUUAUCUGAUCCUUAUCUAUCAUUCAGUGCUGGAAUGUGUGGUCUUGCUGGUCCAUUACACGGACUUGCUAACCAAGAGGUAUUAAUUUGGCUAGAAAAAUUACGCAAGGAAGUUGGUGAUUCAGUAACCAAUGAACAGCUCAAAGAAUUUAUUUUGAAAACAUUAAAAAGUGGACAAGUAGUACCAGGUUAUGGUCAUGCUGUAUUACGUAAAACUGAUCCACGUUACACAUGCCAACGUGAAUUUGCAUUAAAACACUUACCUAAUGACCCAUUAUUUAAACUUGUAUCUCAAGUAUUUGAAGUUGUACCACCCGUACUUAACGAUUUAGGUAAAGUCAAAAACCCAUGGCCUAAUGUAGAUGCUCAUUCUGGAGUAUUAUUGCAGUACUAUGGCCUAAAAGAAAUGAAUUACUAUACAGUAUUGUUUGGUGUAUCUCGUGCUUUAGGAGUAUUAGCUUCAUUAGUAUGGGAUCGUGGUCUUGGUCUUCCUAUUGAACGCCCAAAAUCAUUAUCUACUGAAAAGCUGAAGGAAUUAGUUAGCAAGGCAAAAGCUGCUUAAUUAAAUGAACUGAUGCUUAAUUUUUCAUUGAAAAACUGUUACCCUAUUUUCUUUUUUAUUCAAUUUGAAAAUCCCCGUCCAAAUAUUCUUUGCCAUUAAAAUAGACUAAAAUCAUUCUAAUAAUUUUAUCAUAUUUUAUGGUAAACUAAUGUUUUUUUCAUUUAAAAUAGUACUUAUCAAGUAAAUUGGGAAUCUCUUGAAAAUAAAUUUUGUAUUACUAUUUACAAACAUAAUAGUAUUUAUUUAAAUAUCAUAAUAAUUAAUAAAUAAAAACAAUCAAAAAUUAUUUUCUGAUUACUACAUGUAAAUUUAUUUAUUAAAAAUGUGUAGUAAAAUACUUGUAAUUUAAAAUAAAUUGCUAAGUUGUUAAUACAGUAUAAUUAUUGUGUAUUGGUAAAGAAAUUGAGUUUUAGGACAUAAUGACAAUAGAAAAUAUAUUUAUUAUAAAUAGUAUAUGUUGUAAUUUUGUAUAAGUAUUGUUGAUUAUUCAAACUUUUGAUAUAAUUAUUUAAAUGUAGUGAUAGUCGAUUGUUGAUUAGUUACAUUUAAAUUAUAAAAUUGCUUAAUAUUCAAAAUUUAGCAUAUUUUUCAUUUAUUAACAAAUUAAACUUCCUUUAAGAAAAAAGUUAAAUUAAAUAAAAAAUAUUUUAGGAUCCAGUACAUUUUUUUUUUUUAACUUUUCAUAGUAGUAAAGUCUACAUAAACUUAGACAGAAACUUAGUUGUUCGGUUCUGUUGAACUUGAUUAUUUAGGUACUCUCUUUCUCUCUACAUCAAGUAUAUAUUUUAGAUAAAAUGUUUAUAAAUAUAAAGGAUAUUAACCUUUUGAAAAAAUGUAGGAGUUAAGUAAAAUAGGUAUUUUUACCAAAAAAAUUAUGUCAAUUUAUAUUAAUUAUUAAGAAAGCUGUUAGAAAUAUUUUAAUCCUCUAAGGAUUAAUAUAAAUGUAGAUAUUGAAAACGCAACCUAUUGCUUUAUAAUAUAUUAUUAUUCCCAUAGUUAGUGUCAAAGAGUGUUUGAAAGUUAUAUAUAUUUAUUUUCAGGUCAAAUUUGUUUUAUCAAAUAUUGACUUAUGUCACUUUUGCUCUAACAUUCAUAAAUAUACAUGUAUCUAGCAUAUGUAAAUAAGAUUUUCUUUUUUAAUUUGAUAUUAAUUUUAUUAGAAAUUAUAUGAUUGGAAAAAAUAUAUUUUUAAGUUAUAUACAAUA